GCAUCGGCCGCUCCACGCAUAAAUCCCCUGAACAAGGGGUGAUGGUGGGACGGCGGAAAUUAGAUCUGAAAGCGGGCGGCCGAGGCCUUGGUCUUAUUUGUAUGAUGGCCGGAUGCCAGGACUCUGUGAGCAACUACGAGCUGCAGCUUGCAAAGGGUACAAAUCCUUUUGCCCUUUGUGAAAUCUCAAUUUGCGGUGUAUUUCAAGCUUUGGAUUUGAGCUCUAAAGUCCUGAUUAUUAGGGCGAAGGUCUUCUCAAGGAUGGGAACGCCGGAUAAGCCUGAUGUGAAGUUCAGCGUUGAUGAUGGUGAUUACGGAGAAUUCAUCACGAAACUUCGCCGUGUGCUCAGUGACAACCCAAGUCACCUUUCGAACGUGGAAACGUUUCGUGAGGAAAAUGAGGCUGUCCAAAAUCAUCCUUUGCUGCCCGAGCAAUCAGGGCGUACGCCGAAGAGGUGGAUCUACAUCGAGCUUUCCCUCAACCAUGGAGAAAAGAAAACAACCCUAGCCGUCCGUGAUGACAACGUGUACCUUAUGGCCUUCCGGAACAAGCAUGGUGAAUGGUACGGGUUUGCUGACAAGGAUACCGUACCAAUCUAUCAGUCGCCUGAUUCUCCGAAGAAAACCACCUGUCGUCUAGGUUUUGAUUUCCACUAUGCUGAAUUACUUAGUGCCACAAAAAAGAAAGGUCGUUCCAAGCAAAACAAAGUUGAAGUACUUCGUGGCACAGAAAACCAAGGUGCAUCAGAUCGUGGAGUAGAGAAUGUUAAUCCACUAGGAAGGGAAAUCGCAGAACAUGCCGUGCAUCGUCUCUGGGCCCACGGAACAGAAAAAAAGAAAGAAGGAGAGUGCCCCGGAAAGUCAGAAAAACAGAAAGAAGGAGAGUGCCCCGGAAAGUCAGAAAAACAGAAAGAAGGAGAGUGCCCCGGAAAGUCAGAAAAACAGAAAGAAGGAGAGUGCCCCGGAAAGUCGUUGGCGAAGCUGGCUGUGAUGAUAUGUGAGUCUGCACGGAUGUUCUUACACAUGGAAACGGUGAAGAGUUGUUGGGAUUCGUCUGGAAGCGGGAGCCCGGAAAACGACCCAGCUGGACGCGGAAUAAGCGAUCUGGAGGGUAAAUACAUCAAAAAGUGGCAGCAAAUGUCCAAGGCGAUGCUGGGGUGGAGCGAAUAUCCAAUAGGGAUGCCCGAACUGAGGAUCAACAAGCACGCCGACGCAAAAGGGGUAGUUUGCCUGGUAUUAAAUCAAGGGGUUAAGAAUCAAGGGGUUAAGAAUCAAGGGGUUAAGAAACGAGGAAGUAUCUAUACCGAGUGGAAGAAGGAGAAUCCAACCUCUGGCGACGAGGGGCAUCAAGGGGAGGAUAAUAAUGGUCAUGGUAAUGGUGGGGACAAUAACCGGAGGGGACCUCAACCGCCUAAUAAUGGCCCACCGACUAGUGGGGGUAAUGGCAAUGGUCCACCAACUACAAGUGCCAAUAACAGUGGCCCACCGACUAGUGAGAGUAAUGGCAAUGGACCACCAACUACAAGUGCCAAUAACAGUGUCCCACCGCCUAGUGAUGACGGCGAGGUGCAGCGGGAGGAGGAUCAAGGCCAGCGGAAGUUGGAUGCCCGAAGCUUGGUGGAGGUGUUUCAUUUGCGUGUCGACGGCGACGAGAGCUGUUCGGUUUCGGUUAGCAGGAUCACCGUCUUCGACGGAAGGCGCGGGCAGAUCAUCUACCGGAACAAACCAAGCAAGAGUGGAUUGGUACUCACCGGACCAUACAGAGCCAUCUCAGCCAGCGGGAUGGUCUGCGUUGAAAUCAUCGACGACGCGGCAAAAGUAGAAGAAGACGAGGUUGGUAUAUGGAACCCCUAUGACGAGUAUGUGCCUCACUAUGACCAGGUCCACACCAAGAAGAUCACCAAAGACCUCUUGUUGACCUACGCUGUGCUGAGGAGCGCCGUGGAGACCACCGUGCAGGUCCGGGUUUUCCUAUUCGGGGACAAACCCGUCACCGCCGACGAACUUGGCGACAUCACCGCGCACAGCAAUUUCUUCCCAGUGCCUGAGGCCACCGUAGUGCUCUUUCCAAGUGCUGCAGACGCGGACAAAGUGGAGCUGGAGCGCUCGCCCGAUGGCGUGACCGUUCCACUCUCGCGGUCUGUCGUUGCGUGGCCACUCGGCUCGUCGCUCGACAUAAAGGUGGGCGGUCGAACGUUCUCGUUCCAGGAACAAGGACCGAGAGUCAGUUUUCAAACUGUACUGGAAGGCGUUGGUUAUGUCCGCGUUAGUGUCGACGACACUCGCGGGUACAGGCAGGAAACGAACGGUUCGUUACCAUGGUCUUUGCGCAUUGAUGAAAUUGAGGACCAAACCAUUUUAGACGAGACGGGGUUGCUGCUUAUCCACCCCCGCCGCCUCACCUUCAAAGUCGAGGAAUACAAGCUCAUGCCCUGCCGACUGCACCUUAUCAAUACGUCAGAUCAGACUGCCAAGUUUCGGUGCAAUGGAAUAUCGGAGCUAUCCGGCACCGUGCCUCCAGAUUCUACAAUGACCUACCUUGUCAUGCCACCAUCCAACGACGACGGUUCUCUGACCAUAUGGAUCAGUUGGGAAGCGUCGCCGGACGAUGAUAUAAAUUCCUCUCUGCGACCGGACAAAGCUAGAGCGGUAACAUUACCGGUGACUGUUUGCAGAGCUCACCAGCCGGGCACAACUGAGAGAAUUCCUAGCGCUAGCCCGGGGUCUGACCAUUCAAACGAUGAGGAGCACCAGGAGGAGGAUCAGGAGGAGGAGGAGUCAUUGAUGGCCACAGUUCAGAUCGAUGCAUUCCUCUUCCGAAGUACCCACUUGUACGGCGAAAUUACCAUGCAUGGCAAACUCGCGAGCGGCGAGGAGAAGUGCGCGGUGCUCUUCAGGCGUGAAAUUGAAGACAAAGUGGAGCUUAUCCCCUCAUCCACUGGUUCUAACAUUCCACUCGCGCAAUCUGACGUUGAGUGGCCUGUCGGCUCGCCACUCUCGAUAAAGGUGGACUGCUUCCGUACAGUUUGUUUAUCACACCACGGGCUCAAACUUCGGGCAAAAGUCGACCAUCCGUUUCUGUCUUCAAAAGACGCUGGCGAAAUACAUAGAAAAAAGAAAGAAAUACAUGGAGAAGGUCUGGAGUUCUGUUUUGAGGAUCAUAAGGACAAAGUCCGUUUUGCCACUGUUGAAGGCUUUGGUUAUAUCCGUGUUACUGUUGACGACACUGGCAAAUACCGGGAGAAAAGCCCUCCAUCAGAAAAGAAAUACCGGGAGAAAAGCCCUCCAUCAGCAAAGAAAUACCGGAAGAAACCGAACAAUUCGCUACCAAGGUCAUCGAUGAGUCAGAUUCAAACGGACACGCCCAAAGAGAAAAGGUUGCUGGCUGUCCAAACAAUAACUCAGAUCAUGGGAAGGCACGGGCUGCUACACCUUACCAAUACGUCAGAUGAUCAGCUUGUGGCUUUUCGGUGUCUCGACCAUUUCAGUGGCAAAUCGACACAACUGUUUAACCGAGCAAACCGUGGCUCUACCUGGCAACUCCAGGGCAUUCUGCCGCCGGAUUCCACUUCGACACAACUGUUUAACCGAGCAAACCGUGGCUCUACCUGGCAACUCCAGGGCAUUCUGCCGCCGGAUUCCACUUCGACCUACCUUAUAAAGCUGGAAGGAAAGCCUCCUUCCUUCAAAAUACAGAGCUGUGCCGCGUCGCAGGAAGAGGAGGCCGAAGACAGCUUUUGUAAUCGAGCCGAAAAUGAAAUUGAAGACGCAACGUUAGAAUUGGACGGUGGGGUAUCAGAGUGGAAGCCGAUACAACCAGGAACCAAAGAGGAGUUCGACGAGUUCUUUGCGACCAUCUUUCGCGGAGACAGCAAAUAUUUGUACGAGCUAACACUAAAGGCCAUCGUUAGCGACCCAGCGGACGGGACAAUGACAUCUGAGACCAAAUUAAAAUCCCUCGUGACAGAGACGUCGACUGACCAGAGUGACUUGUUGGAUAUCUACCCCCUUCAGCUCCACUUCCCCUUCAAGCGAGAAACUUUCGUGGUAUUAUGCCGCUGGGCCCCAAAAAGGGCGGUAUGUUGCCCACUACGGCUAACUAACAGGACCGAUGACUAUGUCAUAUUGAGGUGGCGGCCAUGCACUUCAGAGAGAUACUUCGAGGAAUUGGGCCACCUCAAUGGAGUUCUAUCACCAAGAUCCACUUGCACUUAUGUUGUUGUGAUGAAAAAGCCGCAACAUAAGCCAACUAACAUGAACGCGUUCUCCGUGAUCCUAGAAAGCUGCGCAGCAGAAAAGAUCAUGGACGCCAACGAGUGCAUUGCUAACCAAGAUCAUAUGCAUGCGGUAACUACAAAGAACGUUUCUGAUGAAGAGCGAACUCCACCAAAAGUCGAGAUUAUAAUGGUGGCAGGGCAUGAUUGUACAAUAACGUCAACGGAUUUGCACCCAACUGAGCCUUGGAUUUUGGCAAGUUACUCCAACGGGGACUUAUCCAUUUGGAACUACCAGACCAAGGCAAUAGAGAGGGAGAUAACAGACGUUCAUACUAAUCUUACCCGUUCCAUUCGUGCGGCAAAAUUCAUUGCGCGUGAGGAAUGGGCUGUGGUUGGUUGUCAGAGCGGACGCGUUUACGUGGUUCCAUACGCGAGACGCGAAAAGAUAAUGACAUUACCAAAUCACUCUGAAUAUCCGAUAACGUCGCUCGCGGUUCACCCAAAUCAGCCGUUUGUGCUGUCGGCAUCUGCGGAUAAGCGGAUCAGGCUCUGGAACUGGGACGUCAACCGAGAAGACAACCGGUGGCAGUGGACGCGGACAGUUGGAGGACAUUCUGACUACAUAAAUCAUGUCAUGUUUAACCCGCAUGACAAUGGGAAUACUUUCGCCAGCGCUUCCGAUGACGGCACAGUAAAGAUCUGGAAGACUCACGAUGACAAUAAAAGUGCCGAGCCCAUUGAAUUGUACUGUACAGAAGAACAGCAGCAUUUUGCUUAUUUUGUCCAGGGUGGUCGGCAGUAUAUGGUUACCGGAUCACGGAAUGGCAAUGCGCGUGUCUGGGACUUGCUUUCCCUAAAAUGUAUUAAAGUACUCGAGGAACCCCAUUCACCAGCGCCUUACAAAAGCGUCGUUGGUGUGUUGUUCGAUUGUGCCCCAGAUAUGAAUCCAGUUUUGCUUACUGUUUCGGCGGAUGAGGUUAUAUCUUUUCUUGACGCCACUACUUACAAACCCAGGUAUGAAAAAAUUAACUUUGGUAUCGGACACGCCAAGGGUUUUGCAUGCGUUGAGGUUGAUCGCAAAAGAAGCCUUGCGAUCACAUGUAGUGGCGGCAUUGCGAUCAUGCAAAUGAACGAAGACCCGGUGAAACCAGCUGAAACCGGGGAACAUGCCGUAAAAGCAAUCAGGUCUGCAUAGUCUUCAAACAAACAGUUGGUCAAGUACUUAUAGUUCAGUAAUGAGUUCAAAUCCGACAGGGAAGGAACUAAUAAGUUCGGCGAUGAUUGUGUAAACAGCUCUGCUUUCACUUAACCUACAUCAACGUCCUUCUUAAAGAUGUUGGGUUUCUCCAAGAACAAUUAAAAUAAAAUAAAAGAUGGCGUCUCUAGGGUGAUAUAAGCACCAAGUUCAGGGUCGACCUUCAAUGUAAUGCUAUUUGACACCGUUUCAUUUCCUCAGUUCUCUAGUUCAUGCAGCUAGAUAAGCUUCCUUCAGUCUGGCUUCCUUAGAUCUAUUAUUUACGUUUCCAGACAUUUAUUAUCCUCUUAAUUCCUGCAAAAUUAUCCCCAGACA